GCCAUCACAAGAUACAGAACCGUUGACCUUUGCAACAGGUUUCCUAUCAUACGUAAAACGGCUAGUGCUCUGGAGCACUGGUUGUGGCGGAAUAGACUAUUCAUGCAGCUGCUAGUUAUUCUUUUCAGCCUGUUCGCUAGCACCACGUAUCAUUCUGUGGCUAUGAGUUACAGUUUCCGUCAAGACGAUAAUAUAUCGCCUCAGCCUUACGAUUCAUGGGAUAACGACCUUCUAUAUGCCCCCACCCCCGGUAAUUUCAGCACAGCUUCGUCGCCACCGAUACAUAGUCCCCAGCCCACCACAUUCCUUGAGUAUCCUUCCCAGCGAGAACCACAAUCUGAUCAAUUAUGUUUCGUCCCUCCAACGUUGUGGGAGAAGGAUAAAACUUACGAUGAGCAUCCGCCAAUCUAUCUCCAUUAUCUCAUUGACUGGAAGGUUAAACUGAACAACCGAACAAUUACAAAAGUCACGGAACCAGAUGUGGUCCUUGCACCUGGUGCAUACUGGCAAAAAGUUUUGAGAGAGAAGGUUGAACGCGUGAAAAGCCGAAAAGUAUUUAGCGACCGACGCGCUCGGUUGGAGGAAACUACGGUCGUGGCUUCCGUGUUGAACGAUCGUUCACAAAAACUUCACCAACAAGCUGAGGGAAUUGAUAUCGAUUGGGGAAUGACGGGAAAGCAACUCCUCGAGUGGAAAGAGCUAUUUCGCAGGGGCAAGAAGCUAAGACUAGAUGUCUGCGUUAAUUACGUAGCAGACGACAACGAACAGUCUUCAACAAGGAAUGGCGAGAAAAGGAACACACGAUCGGUGACAAAUGCUAUGCUGGCUGAACGCGAAGCCCGGAUUGAUGCUGAACAGAGUUCUGGCCAGUCUUCACCUUGGCGGGAUGUCUAUGAUAAGAUGAAGUGUCCUGGACCACCAUGCAAAAAUUCAGAGGGAUACUGUUGGCAGGAUCCCGUUGGUAAAAAACAUUACAGGCUCAAUACGCAUCAUUUGACACAUCUUGUGGAUAUGGUAAAGAAAAAACGCCUUUUCCUCGAAACCCAUGAUGACGUUCCAGAGAUGAUCCGGGAACAGCUUUAUGCAGAAGAGCGAUUAUCUCUUGAGCGAAAAAAGAGGCCUAAGGGAAACUCAUUGAUUGAAGCUCCAUACUUACCGAUCAACAUCAAUGUUCUUUCAACACCCUCUCCUCAGCCGUCCAUAGUGGCUACUCCAGCUGGUUCUCCGCCCUCGGUGUUACACACACAUUCGAAAUCGCCUUCCGCCUGCAACACACUUCUCUCUUUCUAAGCCCCACUGCCAAGACUCUCUAGUAAUAAUCCAACUUCUCUUGGGAUAGCCAUUACAUUGAGAGAACGAGUAGUGGAAUUGUUGACAGGCUUGG